GAUUUGUCACACAAGAGAAAUAGCACCUGCAUUCAUGGCCUCUUCUUCUCCAUAUUCUCUCUAUCUCAUUCUACUUUUCCUGCUGCCAGUUUAUGUUGUAGCUCAAACAAACCAGAAUAUAACGUUGGGCUCCUCGUUAACUGCAGCACUCAAUAUAAAUUCUUCCUGGAAAUCUCCAUCUGGUGAUUUCGCAUUUGGAUUCCAACAAAUAAGAGCUGGUGAGUUCUUGCUUGCCAUGUGGUUCGACAAAAUACCUCAAAAAACCAUUUUCUGGUCAGCCAAUGGUGAAAAGCUGGUGGAAGAAGGAUCCAAAAUUCAACUUACAACAGAUGGCCAGUUCAGCCUCAGUGACACAAGAGGAGAGGAAGUAUGGGCUGCUAAAUUGACUGGCUCUGGUGUUGUUUCAUAUGCAGCAAUGCUCGACACAAGAAACCUUGUGCUGUCGAGCCAGGACUCCAUCUUCUUGUGGGAGAGUUUUAAUCUGCCAACUGACACAAUAAUGCAAUUGGAUGGAAAUCUUGUACUCUAUGGCACAAACUUCCCACUGGAUACAGUGACCAGUGCUUAUUGGGCAACCAUGACUGUAAACGCAGGCUUCCAGUUUGUCUUCAACAAAUCUGGCUAUCUCUACCUAGAAGAUCAAAAUGGGAGCACACUCCGCUUUAUGACAUCAAAUGGAGCUUCAUCAUCUAGGGACUACUACCAGCGAGCAAUCCUAGAAUAUGAUGGGGUCUUCAGGCAUUAUGUCUAUCCAAGGAACAACAAUGCUACUGCUAGUAGUCCUAUGAACUGGUCGAUGCAGUACUUUGAACCUGGAACUAUCUGCGUAAGACUUACGGAAUCACAAAGUAGUGGUCCUUGCGGGUUCAACAGCUACUGUAGUCUUGGAGAUGAUCAGAGGCCUAGAUGCGAGUGCCCACCUGGAUACUCAUUCUUUGAUCCAGAUGAUAAGAUGAGAGGGUGCAAACAGGAUUUCAUCUCACAAGAUUGCAAAGGAAACCAAGAUGCAGAUAAUUUUGAAUUCAGGGAUAAGCUCAACAUGGAUUGGCCAGGAACAGAUUAUGGAUAUUUUAAAGACGUUACUGAGGAUUGGUGUCGGCAAUCCUGCUUGACUGAUUGUUUUUGUCCUGUUGCAGUCUUUAAAGAUGGUGAAUGUACAAUGAAGAAAUUUCCUCUUUCUGAUGGGAGAAUGGAUCCUAACCUUGGUGGAAAAACAUUGAUCAAAAUAAGGAAAGACAAUUCAACAUACAAAUCUCCUGACAGAGGAUCAAGGGAGGGUUCGAUUGACGGGAGUUCAAGAGAGGGUUCACCCUUUGGUUCAAAUAAGGAGAGGUCAACUCUGAUUCCUACUCUAACUAUGCUCUUAAGUAGCUCAUCAUUUUUGAACCUUGUUCUGUUGAUUGCUACUCUUUGGCUUGUUUCACGCUUGUGUUAUUGGAAAGAAGGAUGCUUCAGGUUCAAUCUUCCAGAGCAAACCAAGGCACAAGUUUGCGAAGCUUCAUACAAGGAGCUUGUGGAAGCUACAAAUAAAUUCAAAGAAGAACUUGGAAAAGGUGCUUGUUCAACAGUUUACAGAGGAGUUCUUGACAUUGGUAACAAGAACAUGGUCGCCAUAAAAAAAUUGGACAAGAUGAUGACAGAAAGCGAGCUGGAGUUUCAGGCAGAAAUAAGUGCAAUUAGCAAGACAAAACAUAAGAAUCUAGUUCAGCUGCUAGGAUUCUGCAAUGAGGGACAACAUCGGCUUUUGGUGUAUGAAUACAUGAGUAAUGGAUCUUUAGCAUCUUACCUUUUUGGAAAUUUAAGGCCCAGUUGGUAUCAAAGAGCUCAAAUUGCUUUUGGAACUGCAAGAGGGCUUGUUUAUUUACAUGAGGAGUGCAGCACCCAGAUCAUACAUUGUGACAUCAAGCCUCAAAAUAUUCUACUAGAUGACUCCUUGACAGCAAGAAUUUCUGACUUUGGAUUAGCAAAACAUUUGAAGACAGGCCAGACUCGAACUGUUACAGCAAUUAGGGGAACAAAAGGAUAUGUUGCCCCUGAGUGGUUCAAGAACAAGCCUGUCACAAUCAAGGUUGACGUUUACAGCUUUGGGAUUCUGCUGCUAGAGCUCAUUUGUUGUAGGAAGAGUUUUGAGCAAGAUUCAGAGGAUGAAAACCAAAUGAUAUUGGCUGACUGGGCAUAUGAUUGCUAUGAAGAAGGGAGACUGUAACUGCUGGUUCAGGAGGAUGAAGAGGCAAUUCAGGACAUUAAGAGGGUAGAGAGGUUUGUGAUGAUUGCCAUUUGGUGCAUUCAAGAAGAUCCGUCUUUAAGGCCCACCAUGAAGAGAGUCUCACAGAUGCUAGAAGGAGCUGUUGAAGUUUCUCAUCCUCCAACCAUUCCCCCUUCAUCAGUUUAAUUUAAAUCUACAAAAACCUUGUUAUCUGUUGACAAAGAAGAUCCGUAGUCAAUAUCAUUCAACAGAUUUGUGAAGCCAUCUCUAACUACUGUACAUGUAUUAAUAAAUGAACCUUCCUUUCUUCAAAUAAACUGUCUACCAGUAU